AUGCUCAUAUUAAAACACAAUACGCUUUCUGUGCAAGAUCUUUUCGCCAUUGAAAGGCAAUUUGUACGAUGGUUGGACAAUAAAGGACCGCGUGUCACCUUGGAUACCAAUGUAUUGGAUCUCAGUCGCACGGACACCUACGCUCAUCUCCUUGGAAUUUUCAAACGACUCAAUGUGUUUGAAACGACAGGAGUUACUCCGUCAGAGAUGUUGGAUUUUUUCAUUGACAUCGAUGCCAAUUACCUGGAUUCACCCUAUCAUUCGUUUUACCACGCCGUUGAUAUCGUGACGAUGUUGUAUCACAUUCUGACCGAUCUACCCAGACGUUACCUUUCACCUCUCGAUAUCGCCGCACUGUUACUGGCUGCUUUAUGUCAUGAUGUUGGUCACCCAGGUUACAAUAACUUGUAUCAAGUCAACUUUAACACCCCCUUGGCUCAACGGUAUAAGAAUACAUCAGUGUUGGAGAAUUAUUCGGUCGACAUUACACGGGAUCUGAUUCAUAAACAUAAGCUAUUACGAAACAUUACCAUCGCGAGCGGAACCGGGACGGGACGAUGCGUGACAGAGGCGGAAUUUGUUGAUUAUUUGGAACAGCUUAUUUUAUCGACCGAUAUGGUAUAUCACUACGAACUGCAAGAGCAAGCGCAGUUGUUGCAAGAGGCAUUCGAAAAUAGCACGUGGUUGAUUGCGGAAAGUGGCAUUGCCAGGUUCCAUCAUCUUGAUGCAAUGGAUCGUCCUAUUGCCAAACAUGCCGAGUCUGUGCGGUUGGAUCGCAUAACAAACGAUCCGCUGGUGGUGGUUGACAAAGCCCAUACGGAUGAGGCCCAGGAAGAGGUGGAUGACGAUAAUGACGACGACAGUGAUGACGAAAGUGAGGAGAUUGAGGAGAAAAUCGACGAUAUUGAGCGACGACCACUGGAGGAAAUGAGCGAAUCGAUACUGAAUGAGACUCAACGACGAAGUCUGUGCUGCAUCCUGCUGCAUGCUGCAGAUAUUAGCAAUACGGUUCGCCCCUGGCCGAUCUCAAAGCGAUGGUCCGAUUUGAUUGUGAAGGAAUUUUUCCAGCAAGGAGAUGCCGAGAAACAAGCCGGUCUAGAAGUGUCGCCGGGAAUGGACCGUGAGCAAUCGAAUCAAUUUGAUAUUAGUUUGAAGUUUGGCGAUUUUGUAGUGACACCUUACUUUGAGGCGAUUGCACGUCUUUUACCUUGGACUCGGGUCUUUCUGGACAUUCUGGCCGAGAACCGCCAACAGUGGCUUCAGCUCAAGGAGCAACCGACUGUCAUCCCUUCCUCGCCACCCAUUCACGAACGCCAUUUCCCGUCCACUUUGAUGCCGACCCCACCUGUACUUAAUCCCUCCGGUCGUCGGGUCAGUGUACCUGCCGGUAUUACAGUGAUUCCCGACGAUGUAUCGCGUUCGGCGGGUCAACCGUCGGCCAAACGACGUCGUCUUCUCGGCACGCGAAGUGCUAGUCAUCCAGAAGCCAUCCCCGCCCUCGUCCUUUCAACACGCCCCAAUAUCGAAUUAGAAAUGCUUUAUCGUCGAAAAAGCGAACAGUGUUUCUCCUCCAGUUAUACCACCCAUCAUCUUCCGGUUGUGUUCCAGUCCAGUUCUUUCGAUACGAACUUCCUAGAUUCCACAUAUCAUCCUUGA